AUGGCAACCAAGAGGCAAAGGAAGCCGAGCAUCGGCCGCCAGAAGAUCGAAAUCAAGCGCAUCGAAAACGAGGAAUCCCGCCAGGUGUGCUUCUCAAAGCGCCGCGCUGGCCUCUUCAAGAAAGCCAACGAGCUCUCCAUCCUCUGCGGCGCUCAGGUCAGUCUCCUGGUCUUCUCUCCGGCAGGCAAGCCCUUCUCGUUCGGCCACCCCUCCGUCGACUACGUCGUUGACCGGUACCUAAUGGGCCGGGCCAACGGGCCAAGGGAAAAUACCUCGACUUCUAGAGGGGUCACGUUGAAUGUCUCGGGCCUCAACGAGAGGUAUUCGUCGUUGACGGCGAAGUACGAGGCAGAGAAGAAGAGGAAGGGGGAGUUGGAGAGGGUGAUGAAGGAGGUUUGGCUCGGAGACGGGCAGCUCGACGGGGUCGGAUUGGAGGGGCUCGAGUGGUUGAAGAUGAGGCUGGAGGGUUUGAAGAGGGAGGUGGAGGUGGUGAUGAUGAGCCAUCAGAGGGUUGCUCCUCCCCCUACUACUUUUGAGUUUUGUAUGGCGGGAAAUCCGGUUCCGUACCAUAGAGGGUAUCUUGGUAAUUUCGGGCAGAAUCAGGGGCAGUUGUACUUGCCACCUCCCCCUUCUACUCUUCCUUUUAUUAACGAUGAUAGUAUUAUGGCUAAUGGGAGUAAUGGGUUUGGUUAUGGUGAGGAUUAUGAGGAAUGGUCGUUUUAA